AAAUCCCAUAUCCAAUAGCCAAAGAUUCUUUGGUUUUAUUUUCAAACACCCGCGUUUUAACAAAUGCUCUUUCAUGUUUUAUCAUUCAUUCAUUCUAUGUAUUUGAGUCCCUUUUGUCUCACUUGCUUUGUGAUGGGGUCACGGACACCAUCCUAUGCAAAUUGCCAAACUCAUUCUGUGUGAUGAAGCAGUGCUGUUGACACCUGUGCUUGAGAGUUUUCAGGGUGUUCGAUAGUAGUUUACUGUGCUCUUUUGAUCUCUCUUCUGAAACAUCUUUUGCUGUUAGGUACCCUUCUGAUGCAUGUGUGAGUUGAGUUGUUUCUUGGAAAGUGGAAGGAAAUUUCAGGAAACAAAAAGGGGUUCCAUGCUUAAAGCAGAAAGUGGCUGAAGUUAUAAUCUUUUUGUUUUAGGAAAAAGGAAGGGGAAGGUGGUAAAGGGAAAUAUGGAGCCUUUUGAGAAUGAGCAUUGUAAGGGAGUUAAAUUCAAGAGCACAGAAACUUAGGAGUUUUGUUGAAGUGUAGUGUAGUGUUAACUACCAAGGUGGAGAAAGUAGAAAAGAGAAGGAAAAGGGAACAUUAAGGAUAAUAUGCCAACUGUGUGGUUCUCUUUGAAGAGGUCUUUACACUGCAAAUCUGAGCCAUCUGAUGUUCAUGACCCAAAAUCAAGGAAGCAUUUGAGCACAAUCUUGACCAAAAGGGCAGGAAGAUCAGGGUGUUCUAGGUCCAUUGCAAAUCUCAAAGAUGUGAUUCAUGGAAGCAAGAGGCAUCUUGAUAAGCCACCAAGUUGCAGUCCAAGAUCCAUUGGGAGCAGCGAGUUUCUCAACCCUAUAACUCAUGAAGUGAUUUUGAGCAACUCAAGGUGUGAGCUUAAAAUCACUGGAUAUGGAGGAUUUCAAGAAGGGGUUGGUAGUGGUGGUGGUGGAAACAAUGGUAGUGGAGGUGGUAGUGGUGGUUCAACUUUUGUGGGUACUUUGAGGCCUGGGACUCCUGGCCCUGGAGGGCACCCUACAAUGCACUACUUUAACCCUUCUUUUAGGACUUCAUCCACUCCUCCAAGGAAAUCACCUUUCCUUCUAUCAGAUAAAGAAGGGUCUGGUCCUCAUGGUGGAGGACUUCAUUCUAGCAAUAGGUUGUCUCUUGAGACAGAUUCUAAUGGGUCUUCAACUGUGACUUGCCACAAAUGUGGAGAGCAAUUUAACAAAUGGGAUGCUGCUGAAGCCCAUCAUCUGUCCAAGCAUGCUGUUACUGAACUUGCUGAGGGCGAUUCAUCAAGGAAAAUAGUGGAGAUCAUAUGCAGGACUAGUUGGUUAAAGUCUGAAAACCAGUGUGGUCGAAUCGAGAGGGUUUUGAAGGUGCACAACAUGCAAAAGACUUUGGCUAGAUUCGAAGAGUACAGAGAGAUGGUGAAAAUCAAAGCUAGCAAACUUCAGAAGAAGCAUCCUAGGUGCCUUGCUGAUGGAAAUGAGCUUUUGAGGUUCUAUGGCACCACUGUUGCAUGCUCCCUUGGUCUCAAUGGUUCUUCUAGUCUCUGCCUAGCAGAAAAGUGUUGUGUUUGCAGAAUUAUAAGGAAUGGCUUUUCAGCCAAGAAUGAGCUCAAGGGUGGUAUUGGUGUUUUCACAACUUCCACAAGUGGAAGAGCUUUUGAGUCUAUUGAGAUUUUUGGUGAUGAACCAUCACUAAGAAAGGCACUGAUAGUUUGCAGAGUGAUAGCUGGCAGGGUUCAUAGACCCUUAGAGAACAUUCAGGAAAUGGCAGCACAGACAGGAUUUGACUCAUUGGCUGGGAAAGUAGGCCUUUAUUCAAAUAUUGAGGAGCUUUAUUUGCUCAAUCCUAGAGCUCUUCUUCCUUGCUUUGUGGUAAUUUGCAAACCUUGAACCAAAAGGAUCGAAAUCAAAAUGCCUUACAUAUUGUGUAGUUUUGUGGAUCCCCCUAUUUUGGCCUUUCUAUGGAGGUUCUUUGCCCUUCAUCUUUUGAAGAGUUUUGAUUCUUUCACCCAAGUCACUUGUGCCCCUUCAUGUUUAUUGUAUGAACCUCCUAUUCAUACAUUUGUAAUUUUUUUCUUAAA